GCAUGAGCAAUAUUCCCACUACAAGUAGGAGUUUACAUAACAUUAUUUGUACUAUGGAGGAAGCUCCAGUCUGAUCAGGCUUUGCCAACAUUCAUUUUUUAACCUUUAUUCUAUUUCCAAUAAGACAUAUAGUGUUCUGUUAUAACUGGAUGAAACAUUUUACUGCUAAACACCGUCCCUACCACACAUGCGCAUAAAGUGCAACCUGAUUUACAUUUAUUUACGUGCAUCAUAAAAGAAAAUCCUGUCCAUCUAAAGCUAAUUAGAUAGAAAUUUUAAGCCAGAUUUUGUUUUUAAAGCUGAGUUAUAAGAAAAUUAAUGUCACAAGUGAGUGUUGACAAAAUCAACAUGCUGGUUGUCUUCUAAUGCAACGCCAUGACCUCCAACAGCUUUUAUGUUUGCAUAAACAAACCCGGAUCAGGUUCAUGACCCUAGGUGUGGUUGGCACAUCACCAAAUGAACUUCAGGUGUUCAGAGAGACCCGACACUCAGCGUUCCCAGUCCCAGAACCAUGGCUGAUUUUCCAACCGUAACCUGGGAAUCUUCAAAUGUCCCUCUCCUAUUACUCUGAAGCAACCAAACCUGUACAGAGUGCAGCAGCUUCAAUGCUUCUCCAAAACAUUUAUUCAAUAAUAAAAACUUUCAUAUAAUAAAUUAUGAAAUCUCAUAAUUCUCUAAAGUUGUUAUUUUCUGGAAGAUGGAAUAUUUAAAAAAAAGUAAUUGACUGUUUCUUUGCACAACCUGCAAACAUUUAACCCUCCCACUGUCUUAUGGGUGACCCCUUGAGGAAAGUUGACCAUUGAGCAGGAUUGAUGGUUUAUCCUUUGAGGUCCACGUGGCAGGGGUGAGGUGGCGCCCACUCCUCACCCCUGCCACAUAGACCCAAGGGAUAAACCAUCAACCCUGCUCAAUGGUCAACUUUCCUCGCAAGGUCACACCCGUUAGGACAGUGGGAGGGUUAAAGAACAUUUUUUUCCACUUUUUCAUCCCUUCUUCCCUCAGUUUUGUAUUUAACUGGUUAUGCAUAUCCCUUACUUUUAUUCUAACGUCAAUAAUGUGUCACCAGAGGCAAGAGAUACAAGAAGAUUCCUGUUUUUAUAGAACAGAAUAAAAAUAACAUAAUCCAACAGACGAUUUCUUUAGGAGAUGUGCCACUGCAGACAUCAGAAUACCAUCUGCAUGAAAAAAAAUCUGUGGAAGACGUGUCAUUAAAGCUUAGUUUUCCACCACAAACAUAGAUGCGAGUAAAAACUGGUGUUUUUGUAAGUUAUUCUUUGGAGCCCUUGGACAUAGCUCUAAAUCUUUGUUCUUGAAAGUCAAUAAUUCACAAACGCAAGUCUGGUUCUGCUUCCAGCAGCCCACCUGAAUGGUGGAAGAUGUUAAAUCUGGCUUGUAGAGCUCAUUGACGGGGGAUCUUAGCUAACAUUGCUGUAAGUGUGCCCCUCUGAUGUUUGAUGACUGCCUACAUUCAUGGCUCAGGACACAUUCGUUGCAACAGAAAUAAUAAAAGAAGCGGCUGUGAGGUUGUUUUCUUGGUGUUUGUGUCUCUCUGCUCCGUUUGAACCCAGACGGUGGUCGCAGUGCAAUUCAAAGCUGACUCUUAUCAAUGGCCCUCUGGCUCUUUGUGAAGCAGCAACAGGUGACAUUUCAGGCUGAAAAUCAAUUCUGACUUUGAACAACCCCCCCACUCACCAUCUCUCUGCAGGAGCCGUCAGCAGGAGAGGGCGGUUGAGGACAGACGAAGCUCCAGUGACAUAACAAUGCAGAAGUGCAACACCUGCAGCAACUCAAGGUCGGUAUUUAAUUAUGUCGUACCUGAUUACAUUUGUAGUGAAUAACAAAUGAGUAGAUCUAUUUCUGUUUCCAGGAGGAAAUGGAGGACCCUCUGAGAGACUGCAGCCCCCUGAUCAGUGCAGCCUCCUGUGGGAAGCUUCGUCUGGUCCGCCUGCUGGUGGAUGGUGGAGCUCAGGUGAACGGGAGUAACUCCAGAGGAGCUCUUCUGGCUGCCUGCAAGGCCCUGAGAGGUGAGGCUGCUGGGUCUGAGCCUCUCAAACUUCUUAGGUACCUGCUUCAGAACAAGGUCUGUCUGCAGCAUGAAGGAGAUUCAAGAUUUGGACUUGCCUUUUUUUUAAACAAGAUGCUUCGUCUAAAUCAGGCAGACCCUAAUGCACGAGCUGCUCUGAUGCACGCCUGCACGGAGCGAGCAGGAGUUCAUGUGGCACAGAGCCUCCUGGCUGCAGGAGCAGAUCCCUGCAUGGAGGACGUCUCUGGAGCUUCAGCUUUGGUCUACGCCAUCAACGCUCAGCACCAGCCCACAGUGCAGGUGCUGAUGGAUGCCUGCCAAGCCAGGGGUUGGGAUACCAUCGUCAUCACCAUGGAGAUGGGUACAAAUGGACAUCCAGUGAUCAGGCGUUACCUAGAGGUCUCCCCUUCUCCAGAUUCCUUUGCAAUGUCCUACAUGUCCCCAUCAGACAUUGUCUUGAAGACGGGCUCACCAAACUCAUCAGAGGAAGAAAACAUCUUCAGCUUUAGAGGAACCAGCAGACACGGAAGUGGCAACAGCAGCAGACGUUCCUCCUGUGAGCUGACUUCAUCCAGUCCAAGAGAAUCUCUGAACGCUAGACCUAGGAUUUUAUCUGAACCUUGGCUAGCCAUCCAAAACCUGGCUUCCCUGAACAGCGCAUACGAGGAAAGAGUGAGGGGCAGGAGCCAGAGAGGAGGGAGAUGGCCGGGAAUUGAUGAUGGAAGGAGGAAGUGUGUCAUGGAGGAAAGAGGACAGCUGCAGCGAGCUUUGGUCUCUGGGAGAUUCUCUUUCAGUCCUCUCACUAAGACAUCAUGGUGUCCAACACCAGGACCUGAUGAGAAGCUCCCAUCCUGGUCCUCCUCUUCCUCACAGCCCCGCAGGAACACCCUCCCUACCCUGACGGUGGUCCCCCCUCUUCUUCACCUCCCUCCUUUAAUGAAUCAGUCAAUCAGAAUCUCACCUGCAGGUGUCAGACCACGCUUCAUCUUCCAAACGUAGAACCCACCUGCAUCACUCCCACCUCUCUCCUCCUCUGCCUCCUCCUUGGUUGCUCCUCCUACCUGCUGUUACAGCGAGAAGGGCAGGAAGUCCAUGCGUCGUCACUCAGCACAGCUCGAACGUCUUAGAGGAGCACAUUUAGACCUCUGAGGCCCAAGAGCUGCAGUUUGGUUCCUCAGCCUGUUUCUGGAUGAACAUCUGUUUUUCCUCGGUCAUGCUUUCCUUCUUCAUAUUCAAAUUUGUGUCAAAUGAAUUCAGUCAAGCAGGAAUCAGCAUAAAUUAAAUAAAUUCUCUUCACCAUAGUUUAAUUUUAGGUGCUUUGAAGUAAUAAUGAAAAAUAAUUGAGACAGUUUGUAAAUUUGGUGUUUUUCUCAAAUUUCAAUUAAAAAAAUACAACAAAAAACUGUUAUUUAAUUCCCACCAAGAUAAU